AUGGGUGCCAUUACUUCUGUCGACGCGGCAGAACAAUUCGACCAUGUGUCAAGUGCACGUGUCGUUUCCACGCCAUCCGCCGCGACGUCAUCCAGUGACACGUCAUCCGUUGCCACGUCAAGCUCAGAAGACGAGAGACAGGAGGUUCAAGGAGAGGGUGAAUUUAGUGGAAGCGCGCCGAUGAGAAGAGAUGCGAGUCAUGGUGCGACCACGUUGUUCCUCACCUUCUCCCCGCCCUCUCCCCGUCCGCCACCAUUCCCCGUCGCGCUCGGCGCAACCCCGCCAGCAUCAUCACCCGUGUCGCCCGGGUCGCACGCGGGGUUACCUUGCGACGCAGGCGCAGGACCGCGCGCGGGGCACGCAACGGCGGCUGAGGCGGCGCCGCUGAUUCCGGGGCUACCGGACGACCUGGCGACGGAGUGCCUGCUGCGCCUGCCGCGCCAGGACCACCGCGCCAUGCGCCGCGUCUCACGGCGCUGGAACCAACUCAUUCAGGUGAGGUCGCCUCGUCCAUGUGCUGCCAGCCGUCAGGUGUGCUGCCAGCCGUCAGGUGCUUGGCUCAAUGCUCUUUACACUCCCGGGAGUCUUCUUGCCAUUCCUCAUCACCAUGCCCCUCGUUUCCGCUACUUUCCCUCUGUCCCCCCGCCCCUCCCUUUCCCACUUUUCCCCCUUCACUCCCAAUUCCCGUUUCCCCCCUUUCCCCCACUUCCCCCUUGGCCCCACUCCCCCUUUCCCCCCUCCCCCCAGUCCCCCCUGUACUACGAGAUGCGGCGGCACAGGGGAGUGCAGGAGGGGUGGGUGUACGUGCUAUCCCGUGACAGCUCGGACCGUCUGUGGUGGCACGCGCUGGACGUGCGCUCCGCCACGUGGCACGACGUCCCCCGCAUGCCCUCCCUCUGCUCGCGCGCCUACGGGCUCGCCUGUGCCGCCUGCCAGGGCAACCUUUACGUCAUUGGCGGAGCGGGGUGGCUCAAACCCAGCAGACCGCACGUGUACAGGUGGGUGCAGUGCAGGCAGCAAGACAGCACGGUGGGUUAUGUGUGGGCAGUUGUGGGAAGGCGUGGAUCGCUGAGGCCGUGGGUUGGUGGUGGGGUGGGACAAUAUGCUAUGGUAGGCGCCCAUGUGCCGGACGCGGCCUUCCCUCCCCCACUGCUAUCAGCAAGUGGUUUUCCUUUCCGCGUGCUCCAUCACUGUGCGCAUUCCCCUCCCCCCUACCCGCCCCCACCCUCUAGGUACAACCCCCCUGCCAACAAGUGGGUGCGCGUGGCAGACAUGGCGUUCCCCCGCUGCUACUGCGUGGCUGGUGCCGUGCGCCUGGAGAGGGAUGGCAAGGGCCGGGAGCAGGGCGCGGGAUGGCUCGGAGACGGGGGCGACAUAGGGGGGGAGGGGAGGGAGGCGGGAGAUAGACUGGGGGAUGGCGGGUGGGAGAGGGAACGCAGGAUUGGGAGGGAGAGGGAGGAAGAAAGGGGGAUUGGGAGGGAAAAGGAAAGGGAAGGGGAGAGGCUACGGGAUGGGGAGGGAGCGCGAGAGGGAGAAAGUGUGGUUGGGGGGGAAAGGGAUGGCGAGAGGAGCAGAGUGGAGGAAAGUGAAAGGGCUGGGGAGAACGCAGGAGUGGGGGAGUCGAGCAGUGGAGGGAAACAGGGGGGUAGCAGCAGGGAGCCGAGAGUGGGGAAGGCGAGAGGGGCAGAGGGAGGGAGCAGCAGCAGCAGGGCGGAAGGGGUGUGUUCGGUGGGAGGGGCGUGGGCGAGUGAACGGCUGGUGGUGGCGGGUGGCAUGGGGGCGAGCAACACGUCACUGCUGACGUCAGUUGAAAUUUACCACCCGCAGGAGGACCGGUGGACCAGUGCGGCCCCGCUGCCCUUUGAGUGCGACUUAGAGGAUGCAGCCGUGCUAGCCAACCGACUGCUGCUGCGCCACAUGCGCUGCGUGCAUUCCCCUCCCGGCCCUGAUGCUGUCGCAUUCUCCCUCUCCUCCAACUCCUGGUCCCCGCUUUCCGGGAACCUUCCCUCCGCCUGGCACGGCCCGUCCACAAUCCUGGACGGUCGGAUGUACAUGCUGGAUCAGAUCGGAGGGAUCCGAUUGGCUGUGUACGAUGACGUGGCGCAGAUGUGGCGCCCGAUUGGCCGACUGUCCCCGGCGCUGCUGACGCCACCGUGCCGGAUAUUAGGGUUUCGCGGGCGGCUGUACGUGAUAGGGAGGGGGCUGUCGAUGGUGGUGGUGGAGGUAGAGGAGGCGUUGCGGUGUGAUGGUGUGCUGCUGACGCGCCGCAUUGAUGGUGUCGGGUGCCCCUCCGAUGUGGUUCGAUUCAUGGCGGCUGAUGUGCUUCGUGGUAGUGGGUUGGCGAGUGCAGUGCGGUACGGAGGACUGCAGCGUGUUGCCUAA